CGGAAGUGGGAAGCCAGGCUUGGGAAACUUCCCCUCCGGAGUCGCCACUAAGUUCAAGUGCUCCUAACGCUCGGACAUGACUCGCACUUCUUUAAUGGCUCUGCUGGGCGUCUUCUUCGUCUUGCCACCCAGCACGACACACGUGGCGCCCCCUAGCAACGUGACGCUGCACUGCGGCAACCUGAGGAACAAAGUGGUGUGGAACUACGACUCCCUGCCUCCAGGACUCCAAUUCAGGGUGGAUGUCGGCCAGGUGUCGGACUCGAAUGGCGAUCAACGGCGCGACGAAGGACUUCACCCGUGGGUUUGGCGGCAAGCAUCGGCUAGGCGUCUGCUAUCAGGACGCAUUGCCCCACUGUGGGUGGACCCGCCCCACCUCCAAGCUGACGUGUCUUUUCUCUCGGACCCGGACAACGAUUACUCCCUAACCGUGACCGCCGUCCUCGGAGAGAACCAGUCCGAGCCCGCUCCAGCCGAUGGCAUUGACUUCAGCUACUACAGGAAUUCUCCAGCCAGCCAGAUCUGUUCUUUGGACCUGCCGCCUGUGACCGUGUUGGAACAGCAGGAUCACUCUGUCCUGCUCAGCUUCCAGCAUCCGUGGCUCUUAUACCACCAGAAACUUUCUUCCCAGUCCGGAAGCAGAAAGAAGAAGAGGCACGAGCAGCCCGACGACCUUCUGCCUGUCUUCAAAUACGAUGUCACCAUCAACCAGAAGCAGUUUGCCGAGCUGAGCUGCUCUGAGCGAGUGUGUGAGAAGAUGCUCCCGGUGGACCCCCAGCAGGAAAAGCAUUGUGUGACCAUCAGGGGCGUGCUGAACAAAAUGAAGGUUGACGGAACGCAGGACUACUGCGCACUGCCAAUGAAGGGAAACAAAGUGGUGGUUGUCUCUGUGCUGGUGUCCCUGCUGGUCCUGGCUGGUGUCGCCAUGGUCUUCAUCAUGUGCUGCAGACAACACACCAAAGCCUCCUUUGAUCCUCCAUCCUCACUGGAGGUCAGCCACAAUCCCAACACCAACACCUGCACCCUGACACCUGUCCAGGAGGCGGCCCACGUUCCUGAAGUCACCUGCAGCGUGUCCUCUCUGCACGACCAAGAACUGCUCAGCAACCCCAGCGGCGAGCCUGACGCCGAUGUGCAGGAGGAGGAGCAGGAGGAGGAGGAGGAGGAGGAGGAGGAGGAGGAGGGUUACAUGGGCGGGGACAACUUGGAGGAAGACCUGCUGGACUCAUUCAACCCUUAUGAGAAACGUUGUGCUGUCUAGCAGCAGGUGAGACUUUAUGCUAGCAUGCACCUGCUGUCUCAGCCAAUCACACGCCCCUGAGUGGGGGACACGCCCCUGAGUGAGGGACACGCCCCUUGUCUUCUUGCAUCUCAGGAAGAUGAAAGGACGCACCUAGAAUAGAUGAUCCUGUGACGUGGAAAUGAUGGAGCUGUUAGGAGUCCAAAGUCAAAUAGGAGUCAGACGUGGAAGAUUGCAUUGACAUUUAACUUCAUUUUAGCAAGUGGAAGGCAGAUUUACUACAAGUUGACUUGCUGCUGACUCAAAGUGAGGAAGGAAGGGUGUUAGAACCUGCAGCAAGUCUGCUUCAUGUCUUACCUGCACUCACCUUGCUUCCCCUCAAUGGGACUGUGGGCGGGGCUUAUUCAACAUGUAUUUAUUUCAUAUUGUAUUCAAGCUGUGAAUAUAUUUCUAUUAUUUCUCUUGAAAA